ACUACUUUGCCUUUUAGUACGCGUUAUUUCUUGCCAUGCAUAAUGGAAACUAUAGAGUGGUUUCUUGGAAACAUAUUACUGUCAGUUACAUAGUAAUAACUUUGUCUGUAGUUUACGUUAGUAACCUAACGGCUCAAAAAUGCCAAGAAGAAAGUGAUUGCAAUAGUAAGUGUUCAAUAUGUGCCAUGGACGACCAAGAAGGGAACGAGUAGCCGAUGUAUUUUCCCAUAUCCAUACAGGUUCGUUUCAGACAAAUCUUGUGCACGGGUCAAGACUUGCAAGGAUAACUGUAAGCAUGGCACUUGUUACAAUAAAGAAGAAAAAUAUGUUCCUGGCUGCUUAUGUAAUUAUCCCUACACCGGUGUUACAUGUGAGGUCAAAGAGAAAGAUGAAUAUAUACGUUAUUUGCUAUACAGCCUUUUAUGGGAAUUUGACAGUCCUGUUUCUGUCGGAGAAUACACAAAACAAAGAUUCUUUACGCACAGUCGACCAAUAUAUACUAACUUUAGUCAAACAUGGCCAUCUGAUAUUACAGUUGAACAUGAUGGAGGUUAUUUUACCAAAUUCGAUUAUAGACCGUGGAGGCUUGAAGAAAUUGAUGAACAUAAUCAUUACCACUUCUAUAAUGCAGAAAUAAGAUUUCCUUUCAAGCCGUACGUUCCUGGAGUUGAUAACGGUGUUUUGAUACUCAAGAAUGUUGUCCUUGGAUACAUGGCUAAAUUUAAGGUUGCAUCAGGGAAAAGGACUGAAUGCAGCAUCACAAAGGAGUUCACACAUUUUGUAUCCUACAAAUCGUCUCAGUUAAAAUGCGUACCCGUAAUAAAACUGAUACAUUGUGGUUCCUCCAUAGAUAAUCCUAUAAAAUACUAUCGAUCAUCUAAUAUAGAGAUCCAGAGCAGUGUACGAUACAUUUCGGACGGAAGUUAUGUCUCUACUUCAGUUUACAAACCGGAUUGUGCUCAGAGUGCUACGAGUACGUGGAAGAUAUGGCAAACCGGAAAAAAGGACUGUCGACCUAGAUACAAUCUACACUCAGACAAUACUCCACCGAUGAAUGAAUACACGGCCAUUACAUCUUUACAAUACAAACCAUUUAAAUUGGAAUUUCACAGAUAUAAGAUUAUGCUUGAAGUAAGAAAUGCUCAAGUUGGAAAAUCUUCAAUAAACUUUUCAUAUUGCUACAUAGAAGUAGCAGAUUUGCCCUUAGUUGCUGUUAUAGACGGAAGCAACGAAAGAAAAAUUUAUCGGAAACAUGGUUUGUAUUUGAGUGCAAGUAAGUCAUACGAUCCAAAUGCGCCAGCCAAAAAGCAAUCACACUUAUUCGUUACGUGGACAUGUGUCAGUUCCAAUGACCCAGAAGGAGUGAGUGAAGUCUGUAAGCCCAAACAACUCACACCAUCCGACAGAUAUUUUAUAAUUCCACAUAUGUUGAGCUAUGACACCAAAUACAAUUUUACUCUAAAGGUUUGGACAAAUCUUUAUGAUGGUUUAAAUUAUACUACUGUGGCAAAUCAAUCGAGGUUUGCAAAUGUAGAGGUAGAAGUGUUUGGGGAAAACGAAAUGGUGCCGUAUGACAUUGAAAUUAUAUGUGCUACGAACUGUGGUGUAAAGGUGUUACCAAAUACGAUACUAUUUUUGAAGGCCAAAGAAAAGAAUAAUUUAUAUGAUGGCCUCGAAUUUACGUGGUCUUAUUCUAAGGAUAAUGGUACUGCACAGUCAUUGGAUUCCAUAAAAGAACAAAACUUGCCGGAUUUUAUGUUAAUAAUCAAAGAUAAUAGUUUAGACGGAGGAGUUGAAUACAAUGUAUUGCUUGAAGUGAAGUUAAAAGGUGAUUUGACUACAAUCUACAACUAUAAAUUUGAAACAGAGUCAAUUGGAACCAACGAAACCUGUGAUGUGGCCCCGAGUAAAGGCACUAAAGGAGAAACAAAAUUUGAUAUUGUUUGCUCUUAUAACGUGGAUUCAAACUUCAUAUAUGAAUUUUAUGAUAAAACUUCCGAAGAAGCUGAUGAAAAAACUAUAUUUAAUGGAAGAAUGUUGGGGACUACGUAUCGAGGAGAGUUACAUGAAGUCAAACUGACAAGAGGCAACGUCGUUGUGUAUCUAAUAAACAAUCAGAAUGGACUUUCACUCAGUAAACGUAUUUCCGUAACUCUAACUGAUUUGGAAAUGUCAGACUCUGAUUUGGAAGAAAGAUAUGACUCAAUAGAAGACAGCCUGUUGGCGGGGGAUAAUUUAAAGGGUCUACAGACUAUAUCUUACAUCGCGGACAUCAUACCUCCUGACAAGGAUAAGAGUGCGGUUUUAAACAGACUACUUGAAUACGUCACUCAGGUUUCAGUUACGACACUUUCGGAUGUGAAGAUGUGCACCUCAACAUUAACCAAUGUAUUAGUAGCUCUUAAUACACCCAAUCAGUUGGCAUUGAGUCCCAAUAUGAUGAUGGACACUCUGGAAGUGAUCAAGACACAAGCAAAUAUUUUUCAGCGAUUUGUCUUCGAUAGAGUUAUUUCACAAUGGAUGUCUGCUGAAGAAAUUAGACAGGUGGCAUCAGUUAUACUUACCUGUCUUAAUGCUGGAUUGAUGUGUAAGGAUCCAGGAACAGAGAAUGUGCCACCAGAUGACUUUAAGCUAAAACUUCUAAACGAGUUGAGAAGAGUAUCAAGAUUUACAGAGGAAACAAUAGAACUAACCAAAAAGGCAGUGAGCUACGUACAAACUUCAGGGCAGCCACCUUCCAAAGUGGCAUCUAGCGCAGAUAAAAUUGUUAUGUGGGCAAUGGAAGAUGAGGACUCUUAUCCCAUGAAUGACAUUUUGACGCAAAACACAGAUAUACCUGUAAACAUUUCCAGUUUACUGUUUCGGAGCCUACAGAAACAAACAACACCAGGAGCACACAUGGCACUUGCGGUCACACGCCUUACGGAUAACAUAUACUGGUGGCGUACUUCGGAUAUCAAAUCAGAUUUUGUAUCAAUUUCUCUUAACCGGCAAUUUCAACAAAAAAGAAUUGCAGUAACAGAACUUACUACGCCUCUCGACUUUAAAGUUAAAUUAAACAAAGACGUGGAGAGUGUUACAGUUACCGGCAUCACCACUCAGUUAGAUCCCAACAUGACUGAACUGGAUCUGGAACUAACAUUAAAUAUCCAUAGAAUCGACUGUCCUUCUAGAAGCCUUACGUCAAUUAAGUUUAAUUUCCCUCCAACUAACUCGUCUUUGCGAGUUUACGCUUUACCAGAUUUCAGGCCUGAUUACGAAAUGGUAACGAGUGAAUAUGUUAACAUAACCCAGAUCUCUCCUUUUUAUCCAGUUAUUUAUAACAAAGAAGAAGAACCAAGCUUUUUAUUCGUUGCAAUUCUUCCUGGAAUAGAGAUUCAAACAAAUGAGACCGUUCCUUAUUCCUUCGAAAUGAGUUCUGUUCUUUGUCAAUAUUGGGAUAAAGGUCAAUGGAGUUCACGUGGGUGUGAUGUAGAUCCCCGCACCAAGGAAAAGGACGUUCACUGUCAGUGCAAACAUUUGUCGGUGUUUGCGGCUGCAUUUCCUGUACCACCCCAGGAAAUAGAUCCUUUUGCAGAUGCCAAGUUGUUCCUUACAGUUCUUGACAAUCCGCUAGUUGUCGCUAUUGUUGCGAGUAUUCUGUUAGUAUACCUCCUCUUAAUCUUUUUUCUAUGGCGGCUGGAUAGAAAAGAUAAGAAACAGCGAACUGUAGUUGUGCUUGAAGACAAUUUUCCUGGCAGUCAUUAUCCAUACCUGAUCGCAGUGUACACCAGUUCGCGAGUUAACUCAGGAACCACAGCUCAUGUAGGAUUUAGAAUAAAUGGAUCUUUAGCAAAGAGUCGGGUACACAUCCUUUCAGCCAGAAAUCGCAAGAUUUUAAAAAGAAACACUGAUGAUUGGUUUUUGAUAUUUUGUGAUCAAUAUUUGGGUACACUCGAGAGUAUUCACAUAUGGCACGACAACUACGGGUCUAGUCCUGAGUGGUUUUGUGACAAAAUACACGUUUUUGAUCUAAAAGGCAACGUAGAGGCAAUAUUUGUCGUCAAGCAGUGGUUGUCUCUCACCUUAACAGAUUAUCCUGAAGCGAAAAUCAGAGUAGCUACUGAGGAGGACGUUAUGGGUGUAAAAUUAUUAUUUGUCGAUAAUUUUUUCCUUGGUAUGAGAGAAAGCCAUCUUUUUUUAAGUGUCUUUUUGAGACAUCCUAGAAGUGAAGUAAGCCGGAUACAAAGGAUUAGUGUCCUCUUAGCGUUUUUUAUGGUGGCAAUGUUAUGCAGUAUCAUGUUCUACAUUCCAGAAAAUGAGAAUAUGCAAUUAGAUGAUUUCCAGUACAAAUUCGGAUCAAGAGAAUUUUUUGUCAGCAUUCAAACUCUUAUUAUAAGCGGUAUAAUCGCCUUUAUCAUCAUGUUUACUUUUAGGAGAAGCUAUACCAUCAUAUAUGACGUUAAAUACAAGCCCUCACUGUACGUUAGGAGUGAUACUGAUUAUUAUUAUGAUGUUAAAGUCAGAAGACAAUCAGUCUUGUCUCUUCAGGCAAGUAAAGAUGGAGUUACAACUCAAGAAGUUACAACUCAAGAACAACAAAAUAAAUCCGUAUACCAGAACUUUGUUCGAUUGGUUGUAAAAAAUAUGAGAACACCACCUUUGCCACCAGUUCAGUUACCUCCAUUCUACAUAGUGAUUAAGAAGAGGAAAAUAUGGUUUACAUUGGCAUGGAUAUUUUGUAUUGCUGCAAUUUUUGUAUCUGCUUAUUUUGUGAUGCUUUAUGGAUUGAAACUUGGUCCAGUAAAAAGUAAAGAAUGGCUUUCGACAGUAUUAGCCUCUUCAGGGGCAGACACGUUUGUUUCAAGCCCAAUCAAGAUAAUAUUCUUCGCUAUUGCCUUGACUAUGGUAUUCCAGAGGAUGUAUGAAGUAAAUACCCAUGCAGUCAGCUACAAGGAAGCUAUGCGUUUAACCUUUGAAAAUAACGAAGAGCAUCUAGCCGAAGUAUUAGCUAAAAGAGAACUUCCGAUGUACGCUCCACUUACUCAAGCAAAGAGAUAUGAAAUGAUCCGAAAGAAACAGUUGAGGAAGGAUUGGUUUGAUCUACUAGACUUUGUCAUAUCCGCGUUCUUCGUCAUAGUUGUUUGUACUAUCAUCUCUAGACUGUGGAGUUCCCGAUAUCGCACAAACAAUCAACUGCAUACGGUAAUGACAAGAUCUCACUACAUUAACUUGGGAGCUGUUAACUUCUAUUCUAUUUCCAACAUUAAUCAAAUGGAAAAGUAUUUGGAGUACACAUUCAUGUAUGCAGCAUACAACACAAGAUGGUAUAAUGACGUCAAGUUUGUGAAGAAGAAUGAAGAGAUGAACGUGACACAGGAUUUGAAGAUCGGGGCGUACUGGCUAUCAGACUUUACUGGGAUAGUGUUAGGACUGCCCUUGUUGAGGCAGCUCCGCGUACACACAAAACCAUGUGGGAACCAAGUCAACCAAAAUGCAAGCUGCAUACCUGAACUCAGUAAAUCGCAUGCAGAUACCGACGUUUAUGCAGUGGGUUGGAAGUCUGCCCUCUAUUCUGACGUAUUGAAAAAUAACUCUCCUUGGAAGUACAUCAAAAAAGAUUCAACAUUCACAUUUACACUGUUCAGAUUAUAUGGUAAAUCCGGCAAGUUAUAUGAGCGUGGAGGGUAUGCUGUUACAUUGGGGCCUACAAGACAUGAAGCAGACAUUAGUCUGGUACAACUAAGAAGAAACAAUUGGCAAGACAAGUUAACACGAGUCGUAAUUAUAGAGCUGACUGUCUACAACAUUAAUCUGGACCUCUUGAGUCAAGUCACUCUCAUUGCAGAGUACAAGAUUACUGGCAAUAUUCUCCUAAAGGGACAGGUCAUCUCUGUGAAGCACAUCGUGGUUUUCAGUGCUUGGAAAAUUAUAUAUAUUUGUUACAUUGUAUUUUAUUUUUACCGUUGUCUUUCACAUAUCAAUCGAGAGGGUCUAUUUGAAUAUCUCUCGAGUGUAACUGAUGUACUUCGUUUACUUAUAGUACUACUCGGUUUCAUAAGCUUUGCUGUCUACUUUAUUUUUUAUUAUACACUUAACAGUUAUGUUUCGUCAUUCGAAAAACAAGGCAUGAAUAUUUAUUUUGACUUUGAUGCAUUUAUGUUAUAUUUCGUACAGUUAAAGAUAUGGCUGUCAGUCUUAUUGUGUAUAGCUAUUAUACGUUUACUUAUGUUACUGCGUUUUGGUAGACCAAUAAUAACUUAUUAUUACACAAUAAUACUUUCAUUCAAAUUGUUACGUUGGCUAAUACCUGUAUUAAUCUUAUACAUGAUAACUCUUUAUUUUUUAGCUUUCUAUUUAAAUCUAUAUACAAUGUUCGAUCUGUACACUUUGAUAAAAUUAUAUCACCGAAUUGUAUAUAACCCUACAGAGAUUGCACAACUUCAUGCAAAACUGUUUAUAUUUCUUAAGAUUUUUUCUCUAGGUGUAUUUAUGUCAAUUUUCAUUAUAAUAUUUAUGUAUUAUAUUAAAAUUGCCCGUUCGUAUAAACUGCAACAUUCAGAUGGUUUCAAUUACAUAUAUUUUCUUUUAUCUCAAUCAAACAAAGUAUUAAAAAGAAAAAAUAACUAAAUAUGAGUCGAAUCACUUUUUAACAGUGCACUCAAUAAUGUAAAUAAUUAAUAGAAAUUAAAUUUUAUAAAUGAAUCUGAAUUACAUACUCAUGUAUUUUAUAAUAUCUUAAUUAAAUAAUACCUUAACAUUUAGGU